AGACAGAGAGAGAGAGAGAGAGAGAGAGAGAGAAUGUCACCUAUGUUAACUACAGAAAGCAAAAACAUCUUGUAAGUAUAUUUAUAGUAGAGAAAUCAGAUCACCAUAUUUGAAUGUGAAAAUCUUGAGAGCCUUUCAAAUAUUAACCAAACUCAUCUCUUACUAGUAUCCCUUUUCCAAGGCAGCUCUAUUGCCUCUCAAUAACAAUUUCCUUUGCCUGGACCCAUACCAAGUAUCUCUCACUCACUCCAGUCCCAGAUAGCCAAUAGAGUCUAGUUCCAGAAAAAUCUAGAAGUUUGUGGGUGGGUGGGGUUAGUAAUUGUGGAAGGAUGGAAUAUAAGUGUAAGAGGGGUAAUAAAGUCUUCCCCCUUCUCCAGUCUGCUUUAGAAGUGGUGCAAUGGAAUGGAAGGUGACAAAAUUGAAACUUUUUCUUUCUUCUUUUCCAUUGGAAUUAAGGGUGACACAUCAUAGUCCUCUCCUAGAAAAUGAAUUGUAGUGUUUGGUGAAAAGGGACACAUAACUUUCUGCUGGAUUUUUCUUGUCAUCUGGGAAAAAGCCAGAGCACCAUCCUUUUGCUUAAAGUCCAGGCUUUGGGAAACCAUUUUCCCUUGAAGUUCUAUUUCCUUGGAAAUCCUUAGACAUCCUCUUCUAGUUCUUACAAACUGGCCUCACUCCACUCCAAGAUGUUAAUUGUUAAACAGAAGUUUGAGCAUUAACUUAGUGGUUAACAGAAAUAAGGGGAGCUGAGUUGGGAAACCCACCCCCUUUCACUAGCGUUAAGGCAUUUAGCUGAAGAUGUACCUCUGACUUAUGAUGGUGAUUUAUGGCUGCUGGAGUUUCUGUUUGCUUGGGAUUCUAAGAUCUAAAACCCUCUCUCCACCUCCCCCCUCUGUCUGUCUCUGUCUCUCAUUCUCUCUGUCCCUGUCUCUCUCUGUCUCUGAUUCCCUCUCUCUUUGUCUCUCUCAUUCUCUCUCUAUCUCUCUCAUUUGCUCUGUUUCUCCCUCUCAUUCUCUCUCUGUGUCUCUCCCUCUUUCUGUCUCCCUCUCAUUCUCUCUCUGCCUCUUUCUCUCUCUGUUUCCCUCUCUGUCUCUCUCUCUCAUUCUUUGUCUCUCUCAUUCUCUGUUUCCCUCUCUCUUCGUCUCUGUCUCUGUCUCUCAUUAUCUCCGUCUCUCUCCCUUUCUCUUUCCCCUCUUUCCUCCCCCCCCCCCCCCAAUUUGGGAUAGUGGAGGACACUUUUUGUUUUGUUUUGUUAAGGCUCAGUACUCUUUCCAGGCUCAUAUCCCCUUCUGGCAAGCUCCCCGGAUUUGAGAGAAUGUGGGCCACAGAGUGGAGGGUGGCACUAUCUUUCCUGGGAGUGGAGUGAGCUCUCUCUCACUCUUCAAAUCAACCUUAAAUCCCAGCUGUGACCAUUUUCACUUUCAGCUGGAUUGAGUCUGUCAAAUCUGAAUAUCCCACCGAGGCCCAGGGCUUUAGGCAAGGAAAAGGAAGCUCCUGGCUGAGCACACUCACUUUCACUAAAGGUAGAGGCAGGCUUCCCUUUGGAUGCCCAGAUGGCUCUUUUGACCAGGAUGGUUAUCCCACAGUUACAGAUGGAUGGGUUCAGUCCCCAUCUAGUCCCUUUGGGGACAAAAGAGAAAUCAUAGCAUCUUUGGUUACUAACAUUGGGUCUUACCGGAGGAGGGGAAGAGAGGGAGAGCAGGCCAAAGGGGGUCGCAGGACUUCAGAGGGGGAGAAGGGGGUAAGAAGGGCCUUGGCGAUCUGGUCUAGUUAGCCCCUGGCCAUUGAAUGCUGGAGUCAGAGCAGAAGGGGUCCAGUCCAAGUGCCAGCAGGCUGAAGGGAUGGGCUCUGGAGGGGGAACGUCAGUUACUUCAGUUCAUUUUCUCUGGUGCUGGAUAAAGCGUUAUGGAUGUUGGGAAGGACUAAGCAGUCUUAGGGGAAGCCGUUCGGAUAUUCAGGCAGAUAAGGCGCCCGCUUGUUUUCUAGGUUAGCUCCAGGGACACGAGUGAAGGUUGUUUGGGGUUUUUUUCCUCUUGGACAAUUAGAUCACUCCCUCCCCGCCCCCCUUUGCAUUUUUCAUCGUUAGAAACCUAUAAUUUCGCGUAGCACUCAGCCUGUGCAUAGGAAAUGCGUGAGCCCAGGUUGAACGGGGACGGUCCCUACAGAGUUUGAAAAAUUCACAUCCAGCCCAGCGGAGCCAUGCACAGCUUUCCGAGCCCGAGCCGGGGCUCCUAAGAGCUCCCAGCAACCCUGCUUCCCGGAGACGCUCCUGCCUUUGUCAGGUCUGUCGGGGGCGGCCAUUGGCAGAGGAACGUCACGUGACGGAGGGGGGUGCCAAUGUUCGGCUUCAAGGGUGUCAAGACCCUGUCAGUGUGUGAAAUAAAUACCGGGAUACAACGAAAUGCAAAAAGCGACCUACUACGACAGUUCGGCGAUCUACGGCGGCUACCCCUACCAAGGAGCAAACGGUUUCACUUAUAAUGCGAGUCACCAGCAAUAUCCCCCGCCUUCCUCGCUGGUGGAAAGCGAAUACCACCGGCCAGCCUGCUCCCUGCAGUCCCCUGGCAGCACUGUGGCCCGCCACAAGGCCAAUGACAUCAACGAGAGUUGCAUGAGAACCAUCGGGGGCCAGGGGGGCCAGGCUCAGGGCCUCCCUGAAUCUCAACAGCCCCCGACACAGCCCCUGCAGCCGCCGCAGCCUCAGCAGCAGCCCCAGCAGCAGCAGCCACCACCACUACCGCCACCGCCGCAGCAGGCUCCACCACCACCGUCCCAACAGCCCCAGCAGCAGUCUCAGCCCCCUGUUCCUUCGGCUCCAUCCUCUUCACAGCCCCCUCCCUCUGUGUCACCACCUCAAAAUGCCAGCAGCAACCCGGCCCCCACCAACUCUACCAAGAGUCCCCUGCUCCACUCGCCUACCAUGUCCAAACAAAUCUUUCCCUGGAUGAAAGAGUCUCGGCAAAACACAAAGCAGAAAAACAGCAGCUCCAGCUCAGGUGAGAGUUGCUCUGGCGAUAAAAGCCCCCCGGGGCAGGCAUCAUCCAAGAGGGCUCGAACAGCUUACACAAGCGCCCAGCUGGUGGAGCUGGAGAAGGAAUUCCACUUCAAUAGGUAUCUGUGUAGGCCCAGGAGGGUAGAGAUGGCCAACUUGCUCAACCUUACCGAGAGACAGAUCAAAAUCUGGUUUCAGAACCGCAGGAUGAAAUAUAAAAAGGAUCAGAAGGGUAAAGGCAUGAUGACGUCCUCCGGGGGGCAGUCCCCCAGCCGAAGCCCGGUUCCCCCUGGAGCUGGGGGAUACCUUAACUCUAUGCAUUCUCUGGUCAACAGUGUUCCCUAUGAGCCCCAGUCGCCCCCAUCCUUUAGCAAGCCUCAUCAGAACGCCUAUGGCCUCCCCAACUCCUACCCAGCUGCCCUUAACAGCUGCCCACCUCCUCAGAAGCGGUACUCGGGGACUGCUGCGGUCACUCCCGAUUACGACCCUCACCCCCUUCAAGGCAACGGUAGUUAUGGGACCCCACACUUACAGGGAAGCCCCGUCUUCGUGGGGGGCAACUAUGUGGAGCCCAUGAGUAAUUCCGGGUCUUCCAUCUUUGGUCUGACUCAUCUCCCCCAUCCCGUCUCUGCCAACCUGGACUAUGGGGGGGCUGGGCCCAUAGCCAACAACCAUCAUCAUGGACCUUGUGAGCCCCACCCCACCUACACAGACCUUACAGCUCACCAUCCUUCUCAGGGAAGAAUUCAGGAGGCACCCAAGCUGACCCAUCUGUGAUGGACCUCGGGGUUGAGUGGACCCAAAGUCAACCCAUUUCUUUCUUUCUUGUUUUGGUUCUGUUGUGCUUUUUGCUUUCUUCUUCUUUUUUUAAAUGAUCCUUCCUUCCUUCCUUCCUUCCUUCCUUCCUUCCUUCCUUCCUUCCCUCCUUCCUUCCUUCCUUCCUUCCUUCCUUCCUUCCUUCCUUCCUUCCCUGUCUCUCUUUCUCCUCUCUCCCCUCCCCCACCCCUUCUUUUGUUUUCUUGGGUAAAGCCUUUUUAUAGUUUAUAUGACGUAGCAAUAUUCGUUGCUUGAAUGGCUCUAGAGUUUCCAUGGUGAUAUUUAUCUGCCCCCAGCUCGAGUUCUCCGGCUCUCUUUGGCUGGAGGUGGGGGCGAGAGGAGGGGUUUCCUUCCUUCACCUUCUUUAUUCUUUUAUCUGAAACAGGGUAUAUGAACAAAUUUUCUAGCCGAGUUCUUCAAUGUGAAUUUGUUCGUACAUUAUGGCUCCCGAGGGGAAGCGAUUAAGUUGUGUUUUAUUAUUAAUUAUUAUUUUAGUUGUUGUUUUUUAUUGCACUUCUUUUAAAGAGCGAGAAAGGAUAUCAAAGGGCGCUUUGAAACAGGGGCUCCCUGGACAAUAAUGAAUCUGUGUCCGUCUCUCGAUGUGUGUAUGCUGGUGAACAGUCAGAUUUAUUUAUAUUUUUUUGCAAACAUUGAGUAAUCUAAGUGUUUAAAUAUUAUUUAUCCCCAUCCGCUCAUAUUUAUAUUACCCCCCCCCCAUACCCUGAUUGUUCAGGAGCUCUCCUCUGACCUUUUGUUCAGGAGCAGAUUGCCGUUCUAACGACAGUUUGGUUCGAAAAGGAAAGAGAAUUCCUUUACCAAGAUGGUAACGAUUGUAACAAUACCAGAGAGAAACCACCUUUUUUCCCUUCUUUUUUCCCCCCUCCAACAGUAGUUUAUGCUUGUAACAUCCGGCUAAACAGACCCCCUCCCCCAACAAUCUGUAAUCCUGAAAAAAAAAAAUCCCAGAUUUGUCGAGAGGUCUACAUUCCUUGCUGCUCACGUUCUGAAAAAAUCAAAAACAAAAAAACAAAAUAAAGUUUUUAUUCUGACUAA